AUGGGUCGACGUCCGGGAACUGCCAAAACUUGCUUAGUUUGCUCAGAUAAAGCGAAAGGAAUCAACUUUGGCUGCGCCAGCUGCAUGUCCUGCAAGGCAUUCUUUCGGCGCAAUGCACUUUCCAACAAGGAGCUAACAUGUCCCUUCAAUGACAACUGUUCCAUUGACAUCAUAACUCGUCGCUUCUGUACAAAGUGUCGCCUUCGCCGCUGUUUCGCCGUCGGGAUGCGAAAAGAGUGGAUUCUCUCUGAGGAAGAGCGCGAGAAGAUUAGAGAGAAGAUACGCCUAAACAAGAUCAAGCGACAGGAGGACCUAGAGAAGCAGUUGAAAGGGCAGCAAUGGGCAGCGGCUAUGGGCAUGAACGCACAACCAAAUAACUCUUUUGAGCCAUCCUCAUCUUCUUCAUUGCCACCAGACAGCACAACUCCCGAGUGCACUACCUCUUUUCCCAUCAAUGCUGCCACUUCCUCACCAGCAGACAUGGACAUUCUUGCCUCUAUAGUUCCCUCAAUCUUUACGCCCACACCCGCAAAUAGCUCCUUUCAGGAAGCUCAUUUGCAGCCGCCAUCAAACAGCAACAACAACAAUGGAGAUCAGAGAAUAGAGCAGUCUAUUACCUCCUCUGAUGAGCUACUGUUUGACAAUCUCAUUACCGAAGAGAUUCUAAUGCAGGAGUCAGAUUCGAACAACAACAACAACAACAACNAACAACAACAACAACAACAACAACACUGA